UUGUGGUUUGAGUUGUUAUGAUGUUGGGUUAAUUGGGUGCAAGAACUUGGCAGAUAGGUUAAAACAAGCAAUGGUGGAGGUAUUUUUACAUUUCCUCCCUUAACUGCUAAAGGACAACAAUAUAACCAUGUUAUGAGGAGACGUCUAAGAGGACUCGGAUCUGAAAUAGGGCACUAAAACUAUGACCACUUUGUGGUGGUGGUGGGGGACGGGGGCAAAAACUAAUUUAAACAAACAAAAAUCCAGAUCCUGUCAAUUAGCCUCCGUUUAAUGAAGUAUGAAUCAGGACAAAAAUGCAGAUGUAAGCUUUUGUUUCCUUAUUGCAUUGGCUGGUUUAUACUCUUGAUUGACCAAUCAGGAUAGUGUUGCUAGGCCGCUCCUUUUUAUCGGUUGGUUAUCCUGUCUGUCAUUCAAAAUGAAGGCGGUAUGUUAACCAGUGCGCCACCGUGCUGUACAUAUUUAUACUGUACAUUUAUAGCCAUGCAGGAGGAAGGGCGAUUUAUUGAAUGUUUAUGUAAUACAAAGGUAUAGUGACUUACUGUGCGUAAAUUUGGACUUUAAGAAGAACAGAGACUGCGACUGAAACAGUUUUCCAUUCUGAGGUGUGAUCUCUCCUCUUUUGAGUUCCCUCACGGCUCCCACCUCUGUGCUCCACUGCUUCCCCUGCAAGCCAUCCUAGGCUGAUUGGCCAUUCCCACUGCACUCCCGUGUUGUCUCACCUGCCACUGCUGCCAUGACACGCUCUAAGACCUUUCAGGCCUACUUACCCAACUGCCAUCGCACAUACAGCUGUAUCCACUGCAGGGCUCACUUGGCCAACCAUGACGAGCUCAUCUCCAAGUCUUUUCAAGGUAGUCAAGGCAGAGCCUAUCUGUUCAACUCUGUAGUAAAUAUUGGUUGUGGGCCAGCAGAAGAGAGGGUGCUGCUGACAGGUCUCCAUGCUGUGGCUGACAUCUACUGUGAAAAUUGCAAAACCACACUGGGCUGGAAAUAUGAACAUGCCUUUGAGAGCAGUCAGAAGUACAAGGAGGGUAAGUUCAUCAUUGAGCUCGCCCACAUGAUCAAGGACAAUGGGUGGGACUGAUGCCCUCAAUACCCCUAUGGACCUGUGGCAUGAAUGCAUAGCUUGUUCCUGGAAACUCACCCCGCUGACCUACAUCCUGAGGAUGUGAUAUAUAUCAUCAGUGCUGUGCCUCUCCUGUGUGCACAUGUGUGCGUGCGUGUGUUUGUCAGAAUCACAUUAAGAAUUUGCAUUCUAACAGAGUUAUUGCUAUAAUCAAGUCAGCAAACCCAGUGCAUCCUUAUAGCACAUCCAUGCUUGCAUAAAGACCAGUGAAACCAGGUGGAAUCGGUUUCACAAAACCCACUUCAAAUCCACUUGCAGGCUUCCCCAAUGGCUGGACCCAUGGAGAAAAUACAUUUAGUGUAGCAACUUACACAAGUGACUGCUGAACAUUUUACUUGAGAUACAAAAAUACUUCAAGUGUCCAUCAAAAGAACAGUUGCUUCUUUCUUGCUCCCUUUUCUUUGAUGGUUUGCACACAGUUUAUUUAUACGUGUAUUUAUUGACUUUCAUUUCCUGUGUUGAUUAUGAUCUUUAUGUUGAACUUGUAGCAGCUUUUUUCAGUAGUAGCGUCUUUAUAUGUCCUUUCUUUUCAGAAUGUUCAACCUUUUUUCACAUGUGUACUGAUUGUUAUAUAUGGGGUAAUACAUGGGUUCAACCUCCCCUCAGUAUUAUGGAUAUUUGGUUAAUAUUUAAGAUUGGGCGUGUGCUCUGUCUCUCUCUUUCUCUCUCACUGCCAUCAUCAUCAUCAUCAACAACAACAGCAUAAUAAUAAUAAUAAUAAUAAUAAUAAUAAUAAUAAUAAUAAAAAUGUGAUUAACUCUGAUUUUAGCACAGUCCUCCUGCUUAAAUCAGAUCAGACCAGUAAGAUCACCAGACAUCACAGAAAGUAAUUUUAAUAAGCUAUUAUAAUAGGCCCCAUGCAUAACCAAAGACUUCUCAAUCAGCAGAAUGCUGACUGAACUGUGAGUUCUGUGUCCAGCAUAUGUUGCAUUAUUGUGUGUAGAUUUCUAAAUGCGAUCAUAUGGUAAUGUUUUGUGUCAUUUGGAGGUUGCUGGGUUUUUUUUCAAGUAUUUGUUUUGAACAUAUGCAUUACGCAAUUAUGUAUAAGCACAUUCAGUGUAUAUUUAUUAUUCAUCUAUUAGUUAUGAAUUAUUUUAACACACAUGUCUGUGAGCUAUAAAUUGAUCCCACUAUGGGCGUGUGAUAAUUCCUCCUUAUUACAGUUUAUAAUAUAUAAUUUUAGCAUUCAUAACAAGGAAAAAUUUAUUGAGAUUGAAUCAGUAUGUUUAAAUCUGAUAUCAAUAAA